AUGCAAACUGCACGGCACACACAACAGCUGCGACGAGGUGUCUCUCUUCUUCUCGUAUUGCACUUGACAUUCGGAUCCCCACAGCUCUGUGUGUGUGUAGUCACACGCAAAUAUCACCCACUCACAGUGAAAUUGACUGGCUCGUCGCGGUGGGAUUUUGCGCUGCAAAUCGCUGAGGUGCGAAGAAGCAAAACACCCGCCGCCUCUUCCUUCACCCGCAAGAAGAAGGAGAAUAGACGCCGCCGCAUUGCCCCCCGCGACGCAAAUAUACGCUGCGCCCAGCACGUGGUGCAGUGCACGUGA